AGCGGACAGAGUACAGAACUGCCACAUCACAAUGCAUAUGGAGUACAAACGGAUCAAAAUGAACUCAGUUAUUUUUGCCUUAAAUGUAGUGGUUACAGUUGUCUGGUGUGCACCACGACGUUGCGAACCUGGAGACGAAAUCUUAGGAAGAUGCAAAGCCUCAGUCGAAGAGAGAGCCAAAUGCACAGACAUUGUGAUGGGCUACUGCGACGAUAUGCCCUACGCCAAGACCAUUUUCCCUAACAUUCUGGACCACAAGACCCGAGCGGACGCCGAGACGGGCACGGAAUACCUGCUGCUGAGCGUGAUCCACUCCCUGCUGAAUGGGGAGUGCACGCCGGACAUCCGCAUGCUGGGCUGCUCCGUCCUGGUGCCCCGCUGCGAGAAGGACAGGAUCGUCAAGCCGUGCCGGAGCACCUGCGAGGCGGUGCGCAAGAGCUGCGCGCACACCUUCGAGGGCAUCGAGAUGGCCUGGCCCUACUUCCUGGACUGUGACCGCUUCUUUGUCAGCGAUGAGGAAGGGUGCUAUGACCCCCUGGAGGGACUGAGAGAGAGACAAGAGGUGGCCAUGGCCAGCAUUUCUCCUGAGGAACCUGCCACCAUUAUCCAGUUCACCUACCAUUCAAAUGCACAGAUGAUAAAUGUCCUAAAGAAGACAGCCGCAAGAUGCUCCGACAUCUCCAGAACAUACAGCAUCGGUCGGAGUGUUGAGGGGAAAGACCUUCUGAUAAUUGAGUUCUCAGAUAACCCUGGCCAACACGAGUUACUUGAACCAGAAGUGAAGCUCAUUGCCAAUAUGCACGGGAACGAGGUUCUGGGCAGGCAGCUGCUGAUCUACCUCACCGAGUACCUGUGUUCCGAGUACCUGCUGGGAAACGAGCGCAUCCAGACCCUCAUCAACACCACCCGCAUCCACAUCUUCCCCUCCAUGAACCCCGACGGCUACGAGCUGGCCGCCGCAGAGGUAGAGGGUAACAAUGACCCAGAGAACGAAGAAGGUCCUAGAUAUAAUGGAUGGACCAGUGGUCGGGCCAAUUCCCAGAACAUCGAUCUGAACAGGAAUUUCCCGGACCUGACGUCCAUCAUGUAUAACCGGCGUAGAAGCAAGCGAUUCCGCAGUGAUCACAUUCCAAUCCCAGACUCUUACUGGUUUGGUAAGGUGGCUCCAGAGACAUAUGCUGUGAUGAAAUGGAUCAGAUCCAUCCCGUUUGUGAUCUCUGCCAGUUUACAUGGAGGAGAACUGGUCGUUUCCUAUCCCUUUGACUACUCUAGGCAUCCCCAGGAAGAGAAGAUGUUUUCCCCAACUCCAGAUGAGCAGGUGUUCAAACAACUGGCCAGAACCUAUGCAGAUGCUCACGCCAUCAUGGGGAACAAUGACUCAAACAGAUGUGGUGCAUCAUUUGCAAGUAAAGGCGGGAUCAUCAAUGGUGCUCAGUGGUACAGCUUUGCAGGAGGAAUGUCAGACUUCAACUACCUCCACACAAACUGUUUUGAGAUCACAGUGGAGCUGGGCUGUGAUAAGUUCCCUGCUGAAGAUGAGCUCUACCUGGGCUGGCAACAAAAUAAAGAAGCUCUUUUGAGCUUUGUGGAAUCGGUCCAUCGGGGAAUAAAGGGCAUAGUGAAAGAUGAAGAUGGUAAUGGAAUCAAAGGAGCGAGAAUAUCAGUCAGAGGAAUAAGGCACGAUAUCAUUACAGCUGAAAACGGGGAUUACUGGAGACUGCUGACCGCAGGCAUCCACAUCCUCACGGCUUCUGCCCCGGGCUACAGCAAAGUCAUGAAGAAAAUCCACCUGCCCUCGCGCAUGCAGAAAGCCGGCCGUGUGGACUUUGUGCUGAAGAAGACUGUCCUGGAGCCAGACAUGGACGACACCGUUCUGCCGGCCAUGGGCACCUAUGAGCGCUUCGACCCCUACAACCAGUUCGAGCGCUAUUCCCUGAGUGAACUGGGGGAAAACGGGGAGGAGAGGCAGGAAAAGCCCUGGUGGUGGUCUUACUUCGCCCAGUCUGGCAGCUCCGCGCCCACCUGGCUCCUGAGGAACUACUAAUCCCCUAGUCCCACUCCACCUCUAUGCACUAGUUUAAUACCAAUAAUCUCAACAUUCUAAGGCCUAUAGUCUUGCUGCCAAUGUAAUACUCAGCUGAGAGGCUCAGAGCACCUAUGUAAAGGUACACCUGUGGUCAUACAGGACCCAUGGUUUCCUCUCUCUAUCCUUGAACAUCUAUGCACCUAUUCCUUAAUGUCUCUGGCAGUUUUAUUGAAAAGUUUUUUAUUUUAUGGAGCAACUCAUUCUUGCCACUUACAUGUAUUUUGUGCAGGCCAACUCUUCUCCCAGAUGAAGGGACAAAAAUUGUAUGGGUGUGUUCCUUAUUUCACUUUGUUGGUUGACUGUUUCUUCUUUUUUGAACACCCCCAAUCCAACUCUCCCUCCAUAUUUGUUGUAAUUGUAUUAUUUAUUUUUAUGGAUGAAUGGAAUGAAGAUUCAGACAAGACAAGGUUUUGAAAAUUGUUCCCCACCAUUUCAAUAAAUAAAAUAACCAUGUCUCUUCAUGAGUUUCA